ACUAAAGACCACGCCCACGUAGUUUAUAAAGCUCCCCUCCCGCCUUUUGUCGCGUCACUCUGCAGCGGGAGCUGAGGCCGCCAUCUUCUUCGAUCAGCGCCAUGCCGCGUGUGUACGUGGGGAGACUGAGUUACCACGUCCGGGAGAAAGACAUACAGAGGUUCUUCGGGGGUUACGGGAAACUACUGGAGGUGGACCUGAAGAAUGGAUACGGCUUUGUGGAGUUUGAAGAUUCACGUGACGCCGAUGACGCUGUAUAUGAGCUGAAUGGGAAAGACCUUUGUGGGGAGCGGGUGAUUGUAGAGCAUGCCCGGGGGCCGCGCCGGGACAGAGAUGGAUACAGCUUUGGAAGUCGCAGUGGCUACAGGAGCCAAAGAUCUGGCAGAGAUAAAUAUGGUCCUCCUGUGCGGACAGAGUUCAGGCUUAUUGUGGAAAAUCUUUCUAGUCGGUGCAGUUGGCAGGACCUUAAGGAUUUCAUGAGGCAGGCAGGUGAGGUUACCUAUGCAGAUGCACACAAAGAACGUACCAAUGAGGGGGUGAUAGAAUUUCGAUCUUACUCUGAUAUGAAGAGAGCCCUCGAUAAAUUGGAUGGCACUGAGAUAAAUGGCAGAAAAAUUCGCCUGGUUGAAAGUAAAACACGCCACAGGAGGUCUUAUUCUGGCAGCAGGUCCAGGUCACGAUCCAGGAGCAGGAGAAGAUCUCGCAGCAGGAGCAGACAUAGCAGCCACAGCAGAUCCAGGAGCCGUUCCCGUUCUCCUGUCAAGAAGAGCCGUUCCCGUUCACCAGUAAAGCGGAGUAGAUCUCGUUCACCAGUGAAGAAGAGUCGUUCCCGAUCUCCUGCUAAAAGUCGCUCUCAUUCCCCUGCUAAGAAAAGUCAGUCUAGGUCUCCUACUAAGGAAAGCCGCUCUCGUUCUCCAAUAAAACGGAGCCGUUCACAUUCACCUGCUAAGAGUCAGUCUAGGUCCAAAUCUCGAUCCAGAAGUAAGGAAACCUCUCGAUCACCAUCAAAACAGAGGAAGUCCCGUUCUGAAAGCAAACCUAAAUCUGAGCGUGGCUCUCGAUCUCGCAGCCGCUCAAAGGGAAAGCGCAAGCGGUCUCGUAGCAAUUCUAAAGGAAAACGAGAUCGUUCUGGCAGCCGUACAAAAUCAAAGCGUGAGCGGUCUGGCAGCCGCACUAGAUCCAAACGUGAUAGAUCUGGCAGUCGUUCAAAGAGCAAACGGGGUCGUUCUCGCAGUCGCUCUAGAGGCAAGCGAGACUCUAAGGGUAAAAGAGAUCAGUCAAGAGAGCGAUCACGUAGUCAGUCCAAGGGAAAGAGGGACAGAUCUCGUGAGAGAUCACGUAGUCUCUCUAAGGGGAAAAGAGAGAUUUCUAGGGAGAGGUCUCGUGACAGGUCACGUAGUCAGUCAAAGGGAAAUAGAGAAGCUUCCAGGGAGAGGUCCAGAAGUCAGUCCAAGGGAGACCAUGACCGGUCUCGUAGUAGAUCUAGAAGCAGGGAUCGCUCCAGGAGUCGAUCAAACAUUAAACAAGAAAGAUCUUCCCAUAGUCGUUCCAGAUCUCUUUCCCCAAUGGAAAAUGGUAAUGGUGCUGCCAGAUCCCGAUCUAAAUCACCAGAUCCAUCUUUUGCUGGCAAGGAAAGGUCAGUGUCUCCACCUCCACGUGCUGCCUCCGCUGCCAGCUCGCGGUCUCGUUCUAGCUCCCCAGAGUAGGGUUUUUUGUGACGUAGACUUAUUUGCCCAGUGUUCUGAGCCUCACAAGUCGAUUCCCAUAAAAUCACCUUAGAUGUUUCAGUGCAGACAUGUCCUCACCUUUUCUGUGUCAUAUCCUGGCAACAGAAGGAUUUCAGCUAUGUAAAUAGGUAAAGGCAAUAAUUUUUAUUUUGUUUUUUUGUUUUGUUUUUUAUGCAUGAAAA